AUGUCGAAUCCAGGUUCCCUGGCGCUGUCGAGUAAGAUCAACAGCGCCAAGUCCUCCCAGCCCGCCAUCAGUCCUGGACCGGCCUCAAUCYCCCAAUCGCAGCAGUUCUUCCAAGCCGACUCGUCCACGCGCCGAAAUCUUCCCUCCUCUGCCACGCCCCGCAAUCAGCAGACGUCGAAAAGCAAGCACAAGGCCAGCAAGAAAUUCCGUGCCCUGGAUGAGGAUGAGAAUUUGGAAUCCUUCAGCAUGCAGAAUCCUCAUGGAAGACGCGGCCAGCAGAGCAUUACCCAUUUGAUGCAGUUUGCGCUACCACCCAGACCAAACGCUCAGCAGCAAUACCACCGUCACAGCUAUAAUGGUCCACGAAGAACAGGUGGCGGAGGGCGAGGCAAUACAUGGGGACUGGGUAGUGGAUACCACGCCAUGGACAAAGCGAGGUACAUUCAUGCGAAUUACCGAUUCGUCGUGGACCCACGCGGAGAAUACUACGCACAAGCCCAGGAUGCCGAUGUCCAUCUUGAUUGGAACAAUGUCUUGCAGGUCAUUGCCUCCUCCCAGACACAGUCCGCGUCAUGUCCGAUCUGUCUGGGAGAACCAACGGCUCCUCGCAUGGCCAAAUGUGGUCACAUCUUCUGCUUGCCAUGUCUCAUCCGAUAUAUGCAUUCGGAAGAUACAGGCGGUAGCCACAUGCCGGAGAAGAAAGCUCGGAGUAAGAAGUGUCCCAUCUGCUAUGACAGUGUCUACGUCUCGGAGACGCGUCCUGUGAGGUGGUACACAGGUCAAGAGAUUGACACACCUCGGGAGGGUGAUGACGUGGUCCUACGACUGGUCAAGAGAAAGCCUGGAAGUACCCUCGCCAUGCCGCGUGAGAGCGCGGAUACGGUAUCCAAAGGGGAGGACAUUCCAUGGUACUUUGCAGCUGAAGUCAUGGACUAUGCACGUGUCAUGAAGGGUAGUGAGGAGUACAUGUUGAAAGAGUACGAUGAGGCAAUGACGGCGAUACAACUAAUGRAGCGGGAAGAUGAGCUCAUGUUUGGUGAAGAUGYCGAGUGGACGGGACGAGCCAUCCGUGUGCUCAGAGAAGCAAAGGAAAAGGUCAAGGGCAUUGGAAACCCACCUGCCCAGCCGAAGAAACCAGAGACCAUAUCUGAAGAAGUCGUCGUGGACCAGCGUCCUCGGAUACAAUUCAACGAGAACGAAGAUGGCGUGCCUGAGAUGUAUCUUCAAAAGCACGCCGAGCGGUCGGCUUUCACCACUCAGCCCGCAGAAUCGGAAGAAGAACGAUCGGAAACUGCCAGCAAUCCUCCCGUGGGCUCAAUACCACGCACCCUCAACGAAAUGCGUCAACGUCAACUUGAGCCAAGACCUCAGCCGAAUGAGUACCUUUACUACCAUGGUCUUUUGCAUUACUAUCUCUCACCCCUGGACAUCCGAAUCUUGAAGUCCGCCUUCGGCUCAUACAACAACUUCCCUAGCAGCAUCCUUCCACGAGUCGAGCGAGUCUCUUCUGGACAUAUUGUCGAUGAUGAGCUAAGGAAGAAGACGAAAUACCUGUCGCAUCUUCCAUAUGGAUGUGAAGUCGGAUUUCUCGAAUGUGAUUGGAGAGACGUUGUGCCCGAACGUACUCUUGCAGAAUUCAAGACUCAACUUGACCGAAGACGAGAACGGAACCACGCGAAAUUGAACCGAGAAGAAAAGGAGCGUGUUCGUAUCGAGAAGGAAGCAGACAGAGAGAUUGCAAGCCUCCGGAGAGGUAGAAGAUCCAGCAUUCAGGACUCCGAUGGCUUCUUCAGUGGCAGUGGCAUUGUUAUGCCUGCACUCGGCGAGGAAGGAAGCUCUCCACCGAUUGCAGGGUCAGGACAUGAGCGACCCGGCUUCGGAAGUCUGGCAAGUCCUGGAACAAGUCCCGUACAUUCAAGAACUGUAUGGGGAACCGCUGCUGUAUCGGCAAGUAGUCCCGAGACUCAUGCGAGAAUGAUGGAUGGCGAUGUUUCGCAGGAUGACGGAUGGCUACAGGGUUGGGAAAGGGAUCUGUUGGAUUCGAGGCAAGAUGCUGCGCUUGCUGCUAGUUUGCAGGAGGUCAGUGUUCAGGAACCGAGUAAGGCUGCUGGUGGUGGAGGUGGCAAGAAGGGUAAGAAAGGAAAGAAGAUUACUUUGAUGAGCACGGGCGGGGCGAGACGGGGUGCGUGA